AGAUUCCGUGACGAGCGAGGGCAAGAGGCGCCGGCGCCGCCACCGCAAGUUCCGGCGUCGCGGCGGCGGCGGCGGCUCCGAGAUGGGCGACGGCGAGGGCUUCGGGACGUCGGCGGACGAGGGCUGGGGCAGCGAGGAGAACUGGGGCUCGCACACGGGCGAGAGCUGGCACGCCAACACCGGCGAGAACUGGGGCUCGCACGGCGCCGGCGAGAGCUGGCAUACCAACGCCGGUGAGAACUGGGACGCUCAGCCCCCGUCCGCGCGCGCCGCUAAGGAGCGCACGCCAGGCGGCGACUACGGGCCGCGUCGGGGCGCCGGCCGGGGACCCCCCGACGCGCCCUCCAGCCGCGAGGGCACGCUAAACCGUAGGCGGCCGCCUCGGCACGAGGGCACGCCCGCCAGGCAGUCCCCUGCCCGUCGCCCGCCCCCGCCUCGCAAGCCCGCGCAGUCGGCCGUGAACGGCAACUAGAGCGUGUCGCCGCCGCCGCCAGAGCCCGAGGGAUGGCCCCCCUUCCCUCCCUCCCCCCGCCGUGCGACGCUCGCUCCGUCUAGCGCUGACGGCGGACGUUGCGUGGCCACGUGUGCGCGCACGCCCACGGGCUGGACUGCUCUGACUGACAGGUGUGAAGGAGAGCCAAUAAAGAUAAAACGAAAGAAAAAAGUUUCCCAGUGAGGUAAUCCACCCAUUUGACGACCAAACCCGGACUUCAGUCAUUGUUUUCUUGCUUGGUCACUCAUCGGAUACGGAUGGACUUGAUGCUGACUUGUGCCACAGCGACAGCGACGCGAGAGGGAGCAAGGCCUGCGAUGGAGAGGCCGGGACCAGCUGCGACGAGAGUCCCAGGGAUUCGCGUUUCAUGAGAAUUUACAUGGCCCGACAUGGAUCCCUGAAAAAGGAAAAAGGACGCUUAAUAGAACAAAAUAGGAACAAAAGUUUUUUCUUUCUCUUUUUAUUUUUUUUUUCGAAAUGGUGGUUUACAUCACGAAUCUAUAUGGUACUUUAAUGAUAAAAUGUGUUCAAACUUGACUUCUCUCUAUUUGAAAGGUGACCUGUAUCUAAAAACAAAAAAUACCCCCAAAAAACGAAAAAAAAAAUUGCCUUGAAAUUUGAACUAAUGACAAGCAUGCUUCAGAAUUUGAUGGAUAUUUCCUUUAUAUGCAGUUUUUUGUACGUUGUGACUAACAUGUAAACAAAACAAAACAAAAAAAAGCUUUAGUAGCCAGGAAUGUAGAAGAGUUCGAAUAGUUGUGAAACUUGUCUCAUUCCGACAAAAAUAUAAAAAGUCACGUUUAGUAUCUGUUGAAAA